AUUAGACUCUCUUCUCGGCGACGUCCAUGGUGAGAUCAUGGACCUUGAAACACAGAUUGAGAAUCUGCUGCAGCAAACAGUACUCUCCCAGACUGAGUAUAUCUUUUCCAAAAGGUUUUCAAUACCCGUUGUUCUACUUAAGAUUAUGCUACGAGUUAGUGACCUGACCUCCGAAGUGGAUUGCAUAUUGGCCCUGGCAACUGCUGCGCGUGACUACGGCUUUGACUGCCGACCUGAAAUGAGUGACGUGCCUAUUCUUAACAUCGAUGAGGGCCGCCACCCGCUACAGGAACUGUGUACCGAUAACUUCAUUCCCAAUGACACGAGGAUGUCUCCCACCGAAACCCAAAUGCACAUCAUAACGGGACCCAACGCCAGUGGCAAGAGUAUCUACCUCAAACAGCUGGGCAUACUGACCUACCUCGCACACGUGGGUAGCUUUAUCCCGGCCAAAAGUGCCCAGAUUGGCUUCUGCGACCGAAUUUUGUAA